UUAAACUCGAGCUAACCGACUAUACACGAAAAUAUCAUGUAUAGAACAGUAUAGAACAUGGUGGACGGUGGUGUAGAAUAAUUCAUAUAACCUAACUUAACCCUGAUCGAAGCAUCGUGUUUUAAAUCAACGAUACCAACAAAUUAUAAAAAAUGUGGCUAUACUAGCAAAAAUAUAACAUAUAAAUAUUGUAGUUGAUCACUUAAUUUAUAAUAUUAUGAAAUACUUGUUAUACAAUACAUAAGUCAACGAUAGAAUUGGGAAUGAAAGUAUAAUUAGCUUGAUUCGCGUCAAAUUGCAAUUGAUUUUGUUUAUAACAGAAAUUUUUGAUGAUGGCAUCCCAGGACGUCAAUUCUCGUACGAUACCAGGUUCUUCGGAGGAGAUUAAACAGCCUGUUAGCAGUACCUCGCAGGAGAGUAACAAUAAGGAUGCAAACUCGACUAAGCUACAGAGUCAAGUGAAUCCAACGAGUAAUCAACAAAGGAUACAACUGCGCAAGCAGCAGAUGUACAAUUGGCCACAAGAAAAGAAAUUGUUAAAACUUGCGAAUUACAGUGCUUGUCAAGUGGAGGAGUGUAAAUGUAUGAGCUGGAAGAGCAUGCAGUCAAUUGUAAGAUCACCAAAAGGAGAGAUACAGCCACCUCUCAUAAACUUUUCUGAUCCAUGCAAGACAUGUAAUCACCUCUUGGAAAGUCACAUUAAGCAUCUACCAGUUCAAUCUGAUAAGGAAAUUAACAGAUUACUGGGAAUGGCCAUCGACGCAGACAAUAUUUUAACGUGUACACAUAGAGAAACAGAUCCCGAUACUAAAAAGGUUUAUUUUUAUUUGUACAAACUGUUGAGAAAUUGUAUUUUAUCUAUGUCAAAGCCAGCCGUAGAAGGCCCAUUAGGACAACCACCAUUCGAAAAACCUAGCAUAGCAAAAGCAGUAAUGAACUUUAUUACGUUUAAAUUUAGUCGUUUAUCACCAGGAGAAUGGCAAACUAUAUGUGAUAUGACAAAAAUGUUUUUACACUGUGUGAAUUUUUGGAAUUUUGAAGCACCCAGUGCCAAACAAGCAACAAUGAAUGCGAGUGACGCUUCUGCUUACAAAAUUAAUUUUACUCGCUGGCUAGUCUUCUGUCAUGUACCUGCAUUUUGUGAUUCUUUACCACGUCACGACACUUCUUCCUCCUUUGGGAAAACUCUGUUGCAAGCUGUAUUCAAACAAUUUUAUAGAGAACUGGUGAACAAAUGUCAUAAUGAAAGAGACAGAAUAACGCCAGAAAAAAGAGUUAUGGUUUUAACACACUUUCCCAAGUUCCUUUCUUUGCUAGAAGUUGAGGUUUACAACGAUAAUUCACCUAUGUGGGAUCCUGAAUUUAAACAAGUACUACCACCUCAGCUGCAUGCUAUCUUGGAAUUAAAGGCACAGCCAACAAGAAAGACAGGAGAAUUUGAGAAAGUCACUGUUGCACCGAACGAGAGGGACAAUUAUACGACCAUCAAUAUUAGUCCUGGGAUAAGAAGACUUCCUGAAAAACGUUUUUAUUCCGAAGGACGAUCUGAUGCAAAGAAACGAAAAAGUGAAGAGGCUUUUGAGGACUUGUCGGACGAAACUGUUGCUAAAAUUGUUAAGACUAUUAAUGAUCCCAAUUAUAUGUGUGGACCCGAUGCAGUAUUUCCUCCAGAUGUUCCACGAGAUGAAACUGCUAAAAUUGAAGAAAGUAAAAAAAUUAUUGAGUUUCAUGUUGUCGGAAAUAGCCUGACACAGCCUGUGUCUAAGCAGACUAUGCUUUGGCUAAUAGGAUUACAUAAUGUAUUUGGUCAUCAACUAGUUAGAAUGCCUAAAGAAUAUAUAUCUCAAUUUGUUUUCGAUCCGAAACACAAAACAUUGGCCCUGAUAAAAGGUGGUCGUCCAAUCGGCGGUAUUUGUUUUCGUAUGUUUCCUACUCAGGGCUUUACCGAAAUAGUAUUUUGUGCUGUUACGAGCCAAGAGCAAGUAAAAGGUUACGGAACGCAUUUAAUGAAUAUGCUGAAAGAUUAUCACAUUAAAAACAACAUACUACAUUUUCUCACGUUCGCCGAUGAGUUUGCUAUCGGAUACUUUAAAAAGCAAGGAUUUAGUAAAGAUAUAAAACUACCAAAGUCAAUGUAUCAAGGAUAUAUCAAAGAUUACGAAGGAGCGACAUUGAUGCAUUGUGAAUUAAAUGCUAAAAUAGUAUAUACCGAAUUUACAGCAGUACUAAGAAAACAAAAGGAAAUCGUCAAAAAGUUAAUUUAUCAGAGACAACAGGAAAUACAAAAGGUUCACCCGGGCUUAACAUGCUUCAAGGAUGGUGUGAAAAGCAUUCCUGUCGAAUCCAUUCCAGGAAUUCGCGAAACUGGAUGGAAGAAUUAUGCUCAAACGAGGACAAGAGGUGUAGCGAAAGGAACACAAGGGCUCUCAGAAAUCGUAGAUUGCACAGAUAUGUCAGAUUCUCUUUAUAACGCCUUGAAUAAUGUCCUAAAUAGCGUGAAGAAUCAUAGCACGGCUUGGCCGUUCCUGGAACCUGUGGACAAAGACGAAGUACCAGAUUACUAUGAUCAUAUAAAAUAUCCGAUGGAUCUCAAGACUAUGGAAGAACGUUUAAAGUCCAAAUACUAUGUAACUAGAAGAUUAUUUAUCGCAGAUAUGACACGAAUUUUUACAAAUUGUAGAUUGUAUAAUAGUCUUGAGACCGAUUAUUAUCGCUGUGCCAAUGCUCUGGAAAAAUACUUUCAGACGCGCAUGAAAGAAAUAGGCCUAUGGGACAAGUAGACUUUUUAAGAGUGUCUUGUGAUAUAAUAAAAAAAUAAUAAAUGUGUUUAUUAUUUA